CAUUUCCAAUCUUUUCUUUCCCUUCUUCCUCUCUCCAUCUCUGCUGGUCUCGUUUAGCUUCGUGCAAUUUCUGCAACUCGACCUCCAUUGAAUUUCAUCCUAAUGGCGACAGCUAUGGUUGAAGAUUCCAAUUUCGAAGACGAUCAGCUUGCUUCCAUGACCACUGACGACAUUGUUAGGGCUUCUCGUCUGCUUGACAACGAGAUCCGAAUUCUCAAGGAAGAGGUGCAAAGAACAAAUCUGGAGUUGGAAUCAAUCAAGGAAAAAAUAAAGGAGAACCAGGAGAAGAUUAAACUCAAUAAGCAGCUGCCUUACUUGGUCGGGAACAUUGUCGAGAUUUUGGAAAUGAACCCAGAAGAUGACGCAGAAGAAGAUGGUGCAAAUAUUGAUCUUGAUUCACAAAGGAAAGGAAAGUGUGUUGUACUGAAGACAUCCACUCGCCAGACUAUCUUUUUACCUGUUGUUGGACUUGUGGAUCCUGAUAAAUUAAAGCCAGGUGACUUGGUUGGUGUAAACAAGGAUAGUUACCUGAUUUUGGAUACUCUGCCAUCUGAGUAUGAUUCUCGAGUGAAGGCUAUGGAGGUUGAUGAGAAACCUACAGAAGACUACAAUGACAUUGGAGGGCUGGAAAAGCAGAUCCAAGAACUAGUAGAGGCCAUUGUCUUGCCCAUGACUCAUAAAGAGAGGUUUCAGAAACUAGGAAUUCGUCCACCUAAAGGUGUGCUUUUGUAUGGACCUCCUGGCACUGGGAAAACUUUGAUGGCACGUGCAUGUGCAGCACAAACAAAUGCUACCUUCUUGAAAUUGGCUGGCCCACAACUUGUUCAGAUGUUCAUUGGUGAUGGCGCGAAACUUGUUCGAGAUGCUUUUCAGCUUGCAAAAGAAAAAUCCCCCUGCAUCAUUUUUAUUGAUGAAAUUGAUGCUAUUGGAACCAAGCGAUUUGACAGCGAAGUAAGUGGAGACAGGGAGGUGCAACGAACCAUGCUGGAGUUACUCAAUCAACUGGAUGGGUUUAGUAGUGAUGAACGCAUUAAGGUUAUAGCAGCAACAAAUCGUGCUGAUAUUCUUGAUCCAGCACUCAUGCGUUCUGGUAGAUUAGAUCGGAAGAUUGAGUUUCCUCAUCCAACUGAAGAAGCCAGGGCCCGAAUCAUGCAGAUCCACUCGAGGAAGAUGAAUGUCCACCCAGAUGUCAAUUUUGAAGAAUUAGCUCGGUCCACUGACGACUUCAAUGGUGCACAACUAAAAGCUGUUUGUGUUGAGGCCGGCAUGCUGGCUCUUCGCCGUGAUGCAACUGAGGUGAACCAUGAGGACUUCAAUGAAGGGAUCAUCCAGGUUCAAGCCAAGAAGAAAGCAAGCCUGAACUAUUAUGCAUAGAGCUACUGACGAAGACCAACAGUCGUGGGGUUGGCAACUCGAGAGAGAAAUGAAGUUUUAAGCGAGAUGUUUGUCAACAAAGACCCGAGAGUAGAAGCUCUAGUUUCGUGCAGUUUGUGCUCUACAUUUGGAUGUAUGAUAGAAAGAUGGCGAGGCAGGGAGGUUGAUGGAAGCGCGCCUCCUCUAAAGAUUGUUCGAGUUUUUCAUUAGAAUUAGUUUGUUGUCUGCUGUGAAAACUGAGAAGCAUUUCAAUCUUUACACCACAUGACAGAAUUAGUUGAUUGUUCUGUGUUGUUAGAAAGCUUCCAAGAGUUUACAUAUGAGGGGCUUCUAGUGGAACUGCUAAUUCUAAACCACUUAUCUGACUCCAAAUAACUUCAUCAUGGUAAGAGCUUGUUUGAAAUUUCUU